AAUAUGCAAGAUUUUCAUAAAAUCUUCUAGUUUAGUAGAAAUUUCUGUUAUUUGUAUGCCUGAAAUUUGUACAUUGAGUGGUCCAUUUUGUAUCCACAGCAUAAUAAUCCUUCUUACUACGCCAAGAUAAACACAAUGCAUGCUAUCCAAUGCAAUGUUUGACACUAAGUUGAGAUUUGGAACUUCUUUCAAAAUUGUUUCUCCAUGUUGAUAAUCUUCAUAUUCAAAAUUUCUAAACUUAUCAUCUUGUCUUUGUGACGUCACAAAACCGUCCUUGCCAGGAACAACAAUGACGUCAUCAUGACAUAUAGAAUUAUGACUUUUGAAAGAUGUCAUUUUGACAUCAUUAUGACUUAUGUGUUCUCCUUGGGAACAUUAUGCAAUUAAUGCAUUCGCAAGGAUUAUUUUAUCGCGCAUGACUCGUCAAUUUUUGCGUAUAAAGCGGUUGAACUAUAUUCAGUAAUUAAUUACUUAAGCGGAAAACAUAUAUUUUUUUAAGUAUUACAAUAAAAUUUGAUCUUUGAUGUGUAAAAUCGCAUUGAACGCGUCAUGCAUUAAUUCACUGUAUGUCACCAUAACAUAAGCAAAAUAUGUAAUAUUAUCACGAGUUAUCACGACAGAUAAUUAUCCUAUGAGAUUAUAUUAACUGAUUAAGUUAAAAAAAAAGAGAAAUUAUUUUUUUAGAAAUGUCUUUUUGGAGUCUUACGUUACUUUAGAUUAUUUCACUUAAUUCUAUAAUCUUAAUCAUCUUAAAGCAUUCUAAUCAAAUAGAGUUCAUCCAAUCAUCUUGCACACCCACACAAAGAAGGUACACCUUCAAGUAAAGGCAUCCAACCCUUUCAGGAAAGUUUAAACCUGCGAGCGUUCCCAAAUCCAACCAAUCUGGACGACUUCCAUCGACCAUAUGAUCACGUUCCAUCGUGGGAGAUCCAGCAAAGUCGCUUCGGAUGCGUACGCAUCCGGCGUUCUAUGCCAUUUUAAAGCUUCGACCAUUCUUCAGUCAACCAUCGAGCGCAUGCGAACGCUGGCUAAAGACAGGAGCAAGCGGAAGCUUGCUCCAACGUCGUCCUCCAGCGUCUAACGUCUUAUAAUCAAAGGUGUCUUGCAUGCAACGUGCGCAGCGAGUGAAUUCGUUGAUAGCGUGCUGGACACGUGGUCGUCUUCUUCGUCGGCAUGGAGACUAGCGACUCGAUGCCGCCAGAAAUGGAGUCACCCGGCGAGGACAUUAUGCUGAUCGAGACCGUGAAGAGUAUAGUGACGCGUGGAGAGCGCAACGAGUCGGAGGGAACCGACGAGGAUUUCUUCUUGAUGUCGCAGGACCAGUCAGUGCAGUAUCCCGAUGGAACGGUAUCUGCAACAGAGGUAACGUUAGCGUGGAUGCACCUCUGCAGGAUAUGCGCUAACGCGAGCAAUCACAUGAUACCCAUCUUCGAGGGCGACGGAGCGGAGCAUGACUUGUCCAGCAAAAUAAUCAAGUACUUGCCGAUACACGUAUCCGAAAGCGACACUCUGCCGUUGCAACUGUGCGAGAAUUGCGCCAACAUCCUGAUAGCCUGGCACGAGUUGCGCGAGGGAUGUCUAAGCGCGGAGAUAAAGCUGCUGCAAAUGCAGGAUACGCAACUGCGAAAUAAGCAGCAGUAUUACAACCCUUCUUCUUUGGAUAAUUUAGAAGUUACUACGCCGAUGCUUACCACAGCCAGCACGACCAUUGAAUCUAAUAUUACAAACCCACUGCCAAAUCAACAGGACGAUGACAAAAACGAAGCGUGUGAUUCAGAAAAAAUUAAUAAAUCCAACAGAUGGACGCGUCGAAUGUCGAAAGACGAAUCGGAGAGACGUGCACGAGUCAGCUCGCCAAGGAAUGAGCAGUCCGAUAUGGAAGGACACAUUAAUGUCGAGAAAACUCGAUCAACGGUAUCCAGCGAGAAAUGUCUUGCAUCAACGCAUCUUGGCGAUUUUGAAGAGAAGUUAGAAAGAGACCAUUCGGCAGAUUCUCAUCCCAACUUUGAGCAAACGCAGAAGUCUCAAGAAAAAUCUAUGAUGAACUCUCAAGGAUGUACGGAACGAUCGAAAAGAUUAUCGGAACAACGUGCCGAAUUAACUUGCUCGAGGACGAUGGUGGAGAAGAAAUGCACCCCUUACAAGUGUGAGGAGUGCGGGAAGGUCCUUUCCACGUCGUACAAUCUGCUAAUUCAUCGCAACAUUCAUGCCGGCGUGCGACCCUACAUCUGUUCCAUUUGCGACAAGAGCUUUCGAUCGACGUCUGGUUUGAACAGGCAUGUGCGGUACGUCCACGACGGUGUUAAAAAUUUCGCCUGCGACGUUUGCGGGCGUCAUCUCGCCUCGAGAGCGUCGAGGGACGAGCACAGACGCACUCACUCCGGCGAGAGACCCCACGUGUGCGAGACCUGCGGCAAGUCCUUCAAGCAGAAGGCGUCCCUGCACGUGCACCGACUCUACCAUUCGCAGGUCCUGCCGCAUCGUUGUGUUCUAUGCGACCGCGGUUUCAGGAGGAAGCAGGAAUUGGAUAAACAUGCAUCCUGGCACUCCGAUCGAAAGCCGUACGCCUGCGAUAUUUGCGACGAGCGUUUCCGCAGCAAAGGUUGCGUCACCCGUCAUCGGCGCACUCAUACCAAUCAGCGCUUGCACAUUUGCGCGAUUUGCGGCGCCAGAUUCGCUCAGGAGCGAUAUCUGAAGAGACACUGUGGCAGUUUACACACAGCUGUAUGCACGUAAAGAUGAAACAUCGAAUUUGUUUGUAUCUGGAUGUGUCCGGACGAAUGUAGUCAUGAAACGUUUGCCGAUCGUUAAACUCGAUGCCACUAAAUUCGACUAGUAUGUUCGAACAAAUCUAUGCGAUCCGCGAGAAUUGGAAAUAUUCGAUCGAAUUAAAUCAUAAAUACAGAAGAUGACAAAAAUGAUGAAGACAAAAUCAGAAAGAAGAAAUCCAUGAUAGAAUCAAUUUUUGCAAAUCAUACAAGAGCAUGUAUCCAUGUGGAGAGACUAUUGUAAAUAUGUUCCUAAAACCAAAGAAACACAUGAAUUUGAAUUUAUUGUUCAAAGGCUUACGACUGGUUAAAACAUUGCGUGAGAAAGAAUGAUGAUGAGAAAUACUACUGUGAAUGGAAGAUCUUAUAUUGUCAUUGCAUAUAUACGUAAAACCGUUUUGUGCAAAAUUUGAGAAAUAAAGUUUGAUAAGAAAUAAUUGUUGAGACUCGACUUAAGAUGACAUCCACAAACAUUCUCAAAAACCAUGCUCUCGGUUUCCAUCUAUUUAGAAUUAGAUGAAAAACAAAAUAAGAAGAACUAAAUAUCCCUUAAUUUUACGGAAAAAUCGUUAGCACUGAUUUAUUUCUAUUUUCUGUAUCCGUAUCGAAUGGAAGGGAAUCUCAUGCAUUAAGGAAAAUUACGUAAAAAUUAUUAAUACUUCCUUUGAAAUUAAAAUAAAGUAAUUUUAAAUUUUAACAAGAAUAUAGUAGAAACCAAGAAAACAAAUAAACAAGUAAAGGUUGAUUAAAUGACACUAAAGAGAGAGUACAUGGAAUAACUAAAAAACAGUAGUGCGAUUCUGAAACCUUGGAUAAAAAGAGAGAUCUUUAAUAUCUGACAUUUCUCGAGUUCGGCAAAUAACACCAGCAGAACUGAGCAAAG